CAGUUAGUAUAACAUAAAUUUUAUCCUGUCGAGAUGCCCCGUAAAGUUAAUGAAAUGCAUUAACAUUCUCUGGUAAAGUGUACACAAAAAUAUGUAUAAAACCAGAAAACAUUAAUGGACAAUAGUAAACCAGAGAACAUAAAACAAUCUCUGAGUAAAGCAAGUAAUUCAUGAUGGUUAAUGAAAGUUUGAUUAGAACUUAGCAUUAUUUUAAAACCUAUAAUUUACUUAUGGGUAUUAAUAAUAAGUGGAUUUUAUAUUGAUGUGGAUGUAAACGGAGGAAGAUAAACCCUCUUAUGUGAAUAUUGUUGUAUGAACCACGGUAUACAUUUAUAUCGCUACUCCCGCUGUGCCAAGGUGUGAAUUACUUUGAAUGUAGUGGGUGUUAAGCCACCUUCAGCAAUGGAGAUACCAUAAAGAUCUCUUUAGCACGAUUGCAAAAUAAAUGAGCUUACAUAUGUAGUUACAUAUAUACACAUUUAAGGAAAUGAAUAUAUACAAUGCGUCAAUUACCUGGGUGUCGGGAUCUAAAUCAUUUUGGAAGCUGUAAAAAUACUUAUAUACAUACAUGUUUAGAAAUGGCCAACAGUGAAGCUUGUGUAAACAAUCUGUGGCUAUUGCUUUUAUGGGCGCAUACAUGCGUAUGCAGGCAAGAUGUUUAAUUAUUUGAAGCAAACAAUGGCUGUUUGGUAUACAUAACGUGCGUGUAUUUACAUAUGUGGAAUGGCACAAUAAAAAAAUAAAAAUACAGAAAGUUACGAGUUCUUAAUAUUCGGAAUGAAUGAAAUGGAAAUGUGCUUGAAACAAAAAUGACUACCUUUUUCUGAGGAGGCAUAAGCUGUACAAAUUUAUACUCUAUGUGUUGCAGUGGUAAACUUAUUUUUCCUGCUGGCUUUGUUCAUAUUUAUGCAUGUUGCAUUAACAUAACAUGAAACUUGCAAUAAAAUAAUUCAGUUGAUCUGUUUUAUGAGAAUUGUAAUUUAGUUAGAAAUAUAGACGUCAACUUCAGGUAAACGAAAUAUAGAAGGUGUUCUCAGAGUUUUGUAUUAAGCCUGGAAGAUAAACUCGAAUAUUAGCAAUAAGAAGUUGAGUAGAUUAUGUCGAGUUUUAUGAGCGAAAGUGGAACAUCUGCUGAAUUACAACUUGGUAGCAGAGGAGUGGCUGUAGUAUCUGUAACAUCGACGGCAGUAGUGGCUGCAACUGCGUUUGUGGGGGCUUCAAAUCAAAUGAACUCUAAAAACCCAAUUAUGCAACGGGACAAGUCCGAGACACCUGCAAAUAGCUGUCCUAACGACAUGGUUAGUACAAAUUCUGCUAUCGAAGAAGAAAACCGAUUUAGCGAUACCAGAGGGGGGAUAAAUCUAUCAUUAAUGCAAAACUCGCCCCCACCCCAUAGUUACCGACAUUCGCGUGCCUAUCGUCAUUUUAAAAAUCCACCACAACCACAUAUGUGUAUUCGCACAACCUCAGAAUCAGGUGAAGAACUAUUUAUUAAUGUACUUAGUUGGACGAGAAUAGUGAUACCACAAGAGCCUACCGACCCUAUACCAUUAUAUGGAGGAAUGAGGGUCCCUCCAGGAAGUCCUCGAAGCCCGCCUAUUGUUUUUGCUGUUAUGGCAAAUCCCGAAGUUUUAAAGGAUUCUGGACGUCAUAGCAAAGAUCCAGAGGAACGCAGAGCUAUGGUUGAAUUAAUGUGUGAUUUUGUAGAAGCAAUGAAUCCUGGUCUUAAAUUAGUAAGGAACGCCAUUAUUCUAAAGGAUAGGGAUAUAUCUGGAGAACUAAAAGAUGUCUGGAGUGCGGUGCAAGCUCAAAGAGAUCGAGAAAGGGAGGAGCAAAUUAUACAACAACGACAGCAGCAUCAUUUUCACAGCAUCACCACUCAACAGAUGUUUCCAAGGUCUACUGAAGCUGUACGAAUUUCGGAACAAAAACAAAUCAAUACAUCAGAUAGUACAAAUGCAUCUGCAGCAGGUGAUUUCACCGUACAUAUAAAGAACACUGUAAAAUUAAAACAACCUCAAGAAACGUAUGAAGUAAGUGCUAAUACCGCAAGUGGUGGUGAUGAUGAGAUUACUAUUUUAAGUGACGGAAAUGAUCAAACUGAUGCCACUAAUAAAUUAUCUGUCACAACCGAUACUUGCGAUAAUAGAGAAGUAUCUGCCAAAACUCUUUCUGGCCCUCAACUUAUUAUCGGAGAAGAAAAAAGUAAAAGUAAAGGUGUCGAACAUAUUGAUAGUCCUUCGCCUUUAUCAUCUAGCACAAUACUCACAAUAGAAACUCCCGCUAUAAAUAACAUAGGUACAAGUUCAGGACUUACAACUUCCAAUCAUAUAAAAAUGAAUACAACGGGUUUUCCCGCAGUAUCCGCAUCAACUAUUACUAAAAAAGAUAAAUUAGUUGGGUUUUUACCUAACGGAUGCAUAUUCCCACGUUUCAAGAACUAUAAAAACAAAGAAAAAGAUAAAGAUAAAGAAAGCAAAUCGAAAGAUAAAACUUUACUCAAUGCUUUGAAAAAAAGCAAAGACAAAAAAGUCGCAAGUGUUGAGAAUUGUGAGAAAUCUUCAGUGGACUGUGAUCCAAAGAUAAAUUACGAAAAAAACUGUAUUAGUUUAGAAAAUGAGAUACAACAUUUGGAUCUCAAUAAAAUCGAAACAACCGCAAGUGGUGACAACAUGUAUGCUAAGUUGAAAAUCGCUGCUACUUCGGCGUCAGCAAAAUAGAUAGAAUUAUUCUCUUGUAUUAUUUUCCAGUUAGAUGCACAUAGAUUUAUUAGGCAUAUAUAGUGACUCACACAAUUGAUCACACGGUAUCAAUACAUUCCUAAUCGAUGAACUCGAAAAUGUUUUGAUGUCCUAUAAAUGCUUUUAUUUUGUUUUUCAUUAAACAACUACAAAUAAAAGCAAUAAUGAAGCUAAAUAUAAAAUAUUUCAGUGUGAUCAAUUUUGUGACUUAAUAUUAACAGGGUUAAAAGUUAAUAUUAAACUUUCGUAUAAUCAACUUUUGCGUCUAUAAUGGCUCUGAUUAUUCUAGGCAUACUUAAACUGAAACUUGCCCAUGUUUAUGGAAUUUUUUUUGUAUACCCCACAGGUGCUCUGUUGAGUUAAGGGGCUAUACCAGUGUGACGCAUGAAAAAUUAGGCGAUUUUCGUGAAUUUUUUUAAAAGAA